AUUAUUUGUUUUGUGUUGCAGCUGCGAGUGAUUAAACUGGCCAAGUCCUGGGGCACCAUGUACUCGCUGCUUAAGAUAAUCGGGAACUCGGUGGGAGCCCUUGCCAACCUGACGAUCAUCCUCGUGGUCAUCAUUUUCAUCUUCGCAGUGGUGGGCAUGCAGCUCUUUAAAAAUAGCUACGCCAAAGAAAAUUGGAGCUUGCUGCCCGAUGAUAUGUUGCCGCUGCGUUGGCACAUGUGCGAUUUCUUACACUCCUUCAUGAUCGUCUUCCGCAUCCUGUGCGGAGAAUGGAUUGAGAACAUGUGGAUAUGCAUGCAGCUGGACGGAAAGCCUCGCUGCAUCAUCAUCUUCAUGGCGGUGCUCAUCAUUGGCAACCUGGUGGUGCUCAACCUCUUCCUGGCCCUGUUGUUGAGCUCCUUCAGCGCGGAUAAGUUCGCGGCAUCGGAGGAUGAGCCCGAUGCAUCCAACAUGCACCUGGCCAUCGACCGCAUCCGGAGGGCGGCGGCCUUCACGAGGGCCACGCUCACCGCCUUCUUCUGCAAGUUGGCCAAGACGACGAGGGAGGACGCCGGCGGCCCGGACAGCGUCGCCAACGGGUGCAGGGCGGGCGCCUGCGCGACGCCAGUACGGGGCGUGGGUCAGCCCUGCGCGGUGGCGGUGGCCCGACGCUCGUGCAUGCGCCCGGCUCAUGGCAGCGGUGGCGGCAACUGCAGAGUGCGCUGCUCAGCCGAGCACGUGACGCUCGCCAUGCCCGAGACGGAGCACGAGAUGAUUGAGAUUCAGGAGUGUAAGUAUGAUUGCGAAGAGCCUGACUUUGCGGACUGUGCAAGGAAUCAUGAGAAAGUUGAGAAGGAGCCAUCCGAACAGCAGCAGCAGCAAGAGAAGGAAAAGGACAGACUGGAUGAUUGCUUCCCACAGUGGUGCGUAGCUCGUUCUCCCUGCUGUGCCUCUGGCGAAGCGAGUGAAGUGGGCAUGUUCUGGUCCACCCUACGCAAGGCCUGCUUCAUCAUCGUGGAGCAUAACUGGUUUGAGACGUUCAUCAUCUUCAUGAUCCUGCUAAGCAGCGGCGUCUUGGCGUUUGAAGAUGUCUACAUCGCUAAGAGGAAGACGAUACAGAUAGUGCUCGAAUAUGCCGACAAGGUGUUCACCUACGUGUUCAUCCUGGAGAUGCUGCUCAAGUGGCUGGCGUACGGAUUGCAGAAAUACUUCACCAACAUGUGGUGCUGGCUCGACUUCUUAAUCGUAGGGGUGUCCGUAACAUCGCUCGUUGCCACGUUGCUCAAGUACGAUGAGCUCAGUGCCAUCAAAGCUCUGAGGACCGUCCGGGCUCUCAGACCACUCAGAGCCUUAUCAAGAUUUGAGGGCAUGAGGGUCGUGGUGAACGCGCUGAUCGGGGCAUUCCCGUCUAUCGUCAACGUCCUCCUCGUGUGCCUCAUCUUCUGGCUCAUCUUCAGCAUCAUGGGCGUCGACCUCUUCAAGGGGAAAUUCUACAAGUGCGUCAACAAGACCGACAUGAAGAUCUGUAGCAGCUCGGUCGUCAGAAACAAGAAUGAAUGCGACGUGAAUGCCUCGCAGGAUUGGGUUAACAUGCCCGUUAAUUUCGACAACGUGGCCACGGGGUACCUGGCCUUGCUGCAAGUUGCUACUUUCAAGGGGUGGAUAGACAUCAUGUCUGCUGCAGUUGAUGCCACCAAGAAGGAUGAACAGCCUAAGUUUGAGGAAAACAAAUACAGUUACGGUUUCUUUGUUUUCUUCAUUACUUUUGGAGCAUUUUUCAUCCUCAACCUUUUCAUUGGUGUCAUCAUUGAUAACUUCAACCAGCAAAAGAAAAAGAUAGGAGGGGAAGAUAUAUUCUUGACAGAAGAACAAAGGAAAUUCCACAGUGCAAUGAAGAAACUCCGCUCAAAGAAACCACAAAAGCCUGUGCCUAGGCCGCAUAAUAAGCUACAAAAUCUUGCCUACGACCUGGUGGGCACCCAGGCCUUCGACGUGACCAUCAUGGCGCUCAUUUGCCUUAAUAUGCUGGUCAUGAUGAUCGAGACCGAUAGCCAGAGCAAGGAAAUGGAGAACGCCCUCCACUACAUCAACAUCAUCUUCAUCGCGAUGUUCAGCGCCGAGUGCCUGCUCAAGCUCUUCGCCCUGCGACAAUACUACUUCAAGUUUGCGUGGAACAUUUUCGACAUUGUCGUCAUCGUCAUGUCCUUUCUUUCGAAUGGGCUUGCUGAGACCAUGAAGAAUUUUUUCUUUGAGCCCACGCUCAUCCGCGUGGUUCGGCUCGCCCGGAUCGGGCGCGUACUCCGUCUGGUCCGCGGCGCACAGGGGAUCCGCACCCUCCUGCUGGCGCUGCUCAUGUCGCUGCCGGCGCUCUUCAACAUCGGCCUGCUCCUCUUCCUCGUCAUGUACAUCUUCUCCAUCUUCGGCAUGUCCAACUUCGGAUACCUGCAGCACAAGGCCGGCAUCAACGACAUGUUCAACUUCGAGACGUUCGGCGGGGCCAUGCUUUGCCUCUUCCAGAUCACGACGUCGGCCGGCUGGGACGGGCUGCUGGCGCCGACGUUCCCGCUCAACUGCGACCGCUCCUUCAAGCACCCGGGCACGUCGGUCGAGAGCAACUGUGGCAACACCUCUUUCGGCGUGGCGUUCUACGUCAGCUACAUCAUCAUCUCCUUCCUCAUCGUCGUCAACAUGUACAUCGCCGUCAUCCUCGAGAACUUCGCUAUCGCCACGCAGGAGAGCGCCGAGCCCCUGAGCGAGGACGACUUCGAGGCCUUCUACGAGGUGUGGGGCAAGUUCGACCCCACGGUGACGCAGUUCAUAGCCUACAAAAAUCUCUCCGUCUUUUUGGACUCUCUGGACGACCCGCUGCGCGUGCCCAAGCCCAACCAUCUGGCGAUUGCCGCCCUCGACCUGCCCAUCGUGGCCGGUGAUCGCAUCCACUGCCUGGAGGUUCUAUUCGCGCUCACUAAGCGCGUGCUGGGGGAGGGCGAAGGCAUGGACGCGAUGCGCCUGCAGAUGGAGGAGCGCUUCAUGGACAGCGGCUCCGCCGGCAACGGCACGCUCGCACCCAUCUCGAGCACACUCCGGCGCUGGCAGGAGGAGCUGGCGGCCAUCAAGAUCCAGCGCGCGUUCAGGAAGCGGCUCACCAACAGAAGUACCUCGCCCACACUGCAGAGAGGUUCCAGCUGGGCCAGGGCCGGGGGUUCCGACGGGAUGAUGGUGCCCGCCGCCGCUGCCGCCACCGCCGGCGCCACCGCCGUCGCCCCAAUCAUCAACGCCCCGCAAGAUUACGUCGGCAAUACGGGCAACGAGAAGGUGAAGAUUAUCGUUACAUUGCCUUCUUUCUCGUCAGGAGAUAACAUCGUCGUUAGUGCGGAUGUGAAUUGUGCUGACCAUGAUGGGAAACUUUCGUGA